CACCCACAUCUGGCAAAACACAAACAGCAUCAGCUGUUUCAGUCGCUAAACAUACAGAUUAGCCGAAUAAACUAUUUUCGUAAAUUAAUUAGCGUAUAAAGUUGAAAAAUGUCAAAACUUCUACAGCGGUUCGAAACUUCUUUGCGUUGUUUUUAUGUUUUCAAUUCGAAUUAUUGUAAAAAGGAAGGCGAUGAAUUCAAAAAAGUACUCUACUAUAAUCCUGAAGAUAUUGAGCUGAACACGAAAAUCAAGGAUGUUGGUCUAAGCGAAGCUAUUAUACAGUUUACUGGCACCUUCGUUGGAGAUGAUGAUUGUAAGGCGGUACAUACACAGAAAACUACGCAGUUAUUCUAUCAACCCGAAAAAGGCUACUGGAUUGUAAUGGUUCUGAAUGUACCGAAAGAAGUUAAAAGCAAGGAUGGGGUUGAGGUACCAGAAUAUCGUGGAGUUGAGGUACAAGAUCGAAUAUAUAGGGCCGUACUGCGUCAAUGUUACAAUAUGUUUCGACUGAGUUGUGGUACUUUACGAUCGAAUUCGGAAGACAUCGAUGAAGAUAAGGGGCGUGAGCAAAUAAAACAAAGACUUUCUACAUUUUUCAACAAUUAUUUGAAAACUAUGCGAUUUCCCGUUGGAGACGUGCUCAGCUUUAUGCACUCUAUACAAUAUCUGCCUCUAGAGCAAGCGCUAUUUCUUCGAGCACAUAAUUUCAUAAAUUUGAUUCGUGCAACGUUUCCUGUCAUUCGUGAGACUGUCUUACUCUUUGAUGAACGGAUAAUAAGCGGUGGUCAAAUCGAUCCUAUGGAAUUGUGCAGUUUACAUCAGUAUCUUUUAACGUCAUUUCUCGAAAAAUGUGAACAACCCACAGGAAGUUCUCAAAGUGAAAGUCCCCUAGUAGAAAAAUUUCAAAAUGGUGUUUAUGUCACUGGUUCAAGUAAUGAAGAACACUCGUAUGAUUUACCUAAAAUAUAUCUCAAGAUACGAAACGAGCUCAAUUGUUAUUACCUAAUAAUAUUUCGAGUAUUAAGAGCAACAUUAUGUAUACUUAAAAGUGUCGAGGAUGGUCCUCCAAGCAAUGAGUUUUACGCAGAAUUACGUACCUAUAUGGAACCCCAAUUGUCGAGUAUUGCAAAAGAUAUAGAUGAAAAUAUUAGUAACAAACAAGUUCUUCGUAAAGCAAACACUUCUUCAUCGCUUUCUGCUUUGGCUUCGGCUGACGACAAUGUGAAUCCCAAAUAUAUAUUCAUCAAUGAGCAAAGCCUAAAGCAUCUGACUAACAUUCCUACAGAAUAUCGUAGAUCAAACAAAACGACACAAUACAUUCCCGCUAAUGUCACUAAUCUUAUAGCUGAUCUCACCCCCUUUGAUGAAGACAAAGUUUCACAAGACUCGUACUCGGAAUUAAAGGAAGUACAAAUUAAAACUACAAAUGAUUUUUGGAUUGUACAACGUUGUUGGAAUUGGCGGAGGUGCUACGUGAUAAUACACAACAGCAAAGCAACUUUACUGGAUAUAACACAAGAAGCCAGACGUGUGUUUGAUAAAGAAUUCACAGAUGAUGUAUUUUUUGACAAAUAAAAAGUAUAAUUAAAUAAA